GGGGACGUAACGCCAGAAAGAAGAAGUGUAGUUCUACACCACAUUCUAUUUAUUUUAACAUUUAGUAUAUCGACAACGUAACACAUCGAUAUUAUUGUAAUUGCAGUUCAUUUGUUAUACUGUCAUAAAACUAUUUACUAUACAUCUACGAUACUAUUUAUUUUACAACUUAUGAAUUAAUUUUCUUUCAUAAUAAGUUUUAUUUUAAAUGCAUCACAAUGUGCCAAUGUGUUAGAUUAUACCUGAAUAAUAGACAAGGCUUUUUUAACCGGUCGAUUCAAAUCUCUACUCCGCAACGAGGGAAAACCAUUCAGCAAAUAGUCCACGGCAAACACGCGCAUGCUCAAGAAAACCACUACAUCUUCAUGGAAUGCUUUCACUGGCACAGUUAUUGUUUAUGCACCCGUCAAACCCGGCCUCAAUAAAAACAAAAUCUAUUUUGGUGUCAGAUGAGAAAAAUUGUAGACUGGAAGUGAAAAUGCUAAUUAUCCGAAUGUGGUGAUUUUAAUUUCCCAAUUAGGAAUUGUACUGAACGUUCAAACAACCUAGAACAAAAUGCUUCCUGAAACACUCGUGUUCGGAAUAGCACUGCUGAUAACCGGUGUCAUACUGUUUUUGCUGAUCUAUUUCGUAAUUAUCCUUUCCGACCUGGAGUGUGACUAUCUCAAUGCUCAACAGUGCUGUUCCAAGCUGAAUUUUUGGGUUGUGCCAAAGCUGUCGGCACACUGCUUUCUGGCGUUUAUUCUGUUAAUGAAUGGAAGUUGGUUUCUGUUUAUAGCCAAUCUGCCGAUGAUCGGAUGGCAAGUGUACGAUCUUGUCAAGGUUCCUUCGGGCAAUCUGGGAAUCUUCGAUCCGGCUGAAAUUCACAACCGCGGUAUGGUGAAGAAGCACAUGCGGGACACCAUGAUUGGGUUGGGAUUUUACAUGAUAAUUUUCUUCGUGUAUCUGUACUGUAUGAUUAUUGCAAUGUUAAAAGGCGACCCCAUCAAGCGACAUGAAGAGGAGGAGAUAAUUACAGAUUUCUAGCCCAUGAUGAACGAUCUGAGUCCGAUGACUCGAAAGCGAUUUAGGCUAUAGUCGUUUGUGGUUCUUCCUGCUAGUACUUCAUCACCUAAUAUUUAUUUUACUUCGUUUCUGUAUACGUCUAAUACUCUUCGAUUUGUUUAUAAGCAUAAUAAUAUCGGUAAACUAAUA